GGUGACGGGGCCGCUACGUUUGGCGGUUCCUUAGCGAUUACGCGUUGGACUCCGAGGCGUUUGUGGACACUGAUGUUGUGACGCAGCCCAGCGACAGCUCUGACAUCGGGAGCGCGGCCCUGUGAAGGGAGCGCUUCGGUCGCUGAGGCAGUGCGCCACUGAGGCAGGUCCCUGACUGAAGGUUCUCCCUCAAAACUCUUCAGAGCGUGGGGGAGGGGCGGCGGACGCCACGCCGCCCUGUCUGCGCCUGCGCUUAUCCCUCGGUUGUCCCGGCUUGCUGGCCCGCGCAUGCCCGCUGGGCUCUGGGCCGCGGGCGCCGGCUACAGUGCGCGUGCGCGCCGAGAGGCCCGCUGAGGAACCGCGCUGGCGGACGUCGGACGGCCCGUGACGUCGCGAGCUGCGCUUUAAAGUGCGGGCCGGGCCGGGCUGGGCGUCUGGAGCGCUGGCUGGGAGUCGGGCGGGGGCUCUACAGCGGCCCCCCGCGGCAUGAGGAGCGGUCGGUGCCCCUGUGCCGCGGGACAAGGAGGAGGCGGAGGCCAUCCGGCGGCCGCGUAGCCCGCAGGCCUGACCCGCCGCUUGGCCCCGCAUGGGGGCCGGGCGCUGACGCCCGUUUUCCCCGCGGGGUCCCGGCGCGCCCCGAAAGCCAUGUCCGGCCGCCCCGGCGGAGCCUAGAGCAGCGGCGCGGGCCAUGGCGGCCGCCAGCGGCUACACGGACCUGCGCGAGAAGCUCAAGUCCAUGACGUCCCGGGACAACUACAAGGCGGGCAGCCGGGAGGCCGCCGCCGCAGCAGCCGCAGCCGUGGCCGCCGCCGCCGCCGCCGCAGCCGCAGCAGAGCCGUACUCGGGGCCCGGAGUGAAGCGCAAGUACCCGGACGACUCGGACCCCGAGCGUAGCGACUACGAGGAGCAGCAGCUGCAGCGGGAGGAGGAGGCGCGCAGGGUGAAGAGCGGCAUCCGCCAGGUGCGCCUCUUCAGCCAGGACGAGUGCGCCGCGAUCGAGGCCCGCAUCGACGAGGUGGUGUCCCGCGCCGAGAAGGGGCUGUACAACGAGCACACGGUGGACCGCGCCCCGCUGCGCAACAAGUACUUCUUCGGCGAGGGCUACACGUACGGCGCGCAGCUGCAGAAGCGCGGGCCCGGCCAGGAGCGCCUCUACCCGCCGGGCGACGUGGACGAGAUCCCUGACUGGGUGCACCAACUGGUGAUCCAGAAGCUGGUGGAGCACCGUGUCAUCCCUGAGGGAUUCGUCAACAGCGCGGUUAUCAACGACUACCAGCCCGGCGGCUGCAUCGUGUCCCACGUGGAUCCCAUCCACAUCUUCGAGCGCCCCAUAGUCUCUGUGUCUUUCUUCAGCGACUCGGCACUCUGCUUCGGCUGCAAGUUCCAGUUCAAGCCCAUUCGGGUGUCGGAGCCCGUGCUGUCCCUGCCAGUGCGCAGGGGCAGCGUGACUGUGCUCAGGACAAGAUUAGAUGCACCCCGGUUGGAAACAAAGUCUCUAAGCAGCUCUGUGUUACCACCCAGCUACACUUCAGAUCGCCUGUCGGGAAAUAACCGGGAUCUCACUCUGAAACCCAAACGGUCCCACCGGAAGGCAGACCCUGAUGCUGCCCACAGACCUCGGAUCCUGGAGAUGGACAAGGAAGAGAACCGGCGCUCAGUGCUGCUUCCUGCGCACCGGCGGAGGGGUAGCUUCAGCUCUGAGAACUACUGGCGCAAGUCCUAUGAGCCGGGAGAGGACUGCUCAGAGGCAGCAGGCAGCCCUGCCCGGAAGGUGAAGAUGCGGAGACACUGAGGCCUGUUCUGCCCUCCUGGGAACUCUGGUUAAUCCUUACUAGUGGCCCCCUCUUUUUGUUUUAAGGGUUUUGUUUCUGUUUUUUCUUUAUUUUUAUUUUUCUUUACUGUUAUCAUCUAUUAAGGCUGAAGAUUGGUUAGGACCUGGUUCUCAUGUUCUUGGUAUUCUUGCUGAAUAUAAGGGAAGGCUAUUAGUAUCUUGAGGGGACAGACACUCAUGUUGGAGUGAUCAUUAGCAGUGUGGGGCAUCCAUUUUCAGUGGGUGGGGCUGUGUCAGGCUGGGUUUAUUUGAAAGCAACGAAAUGUCUUAGUUAAGAAAUUUCUUGUUUUGCUUUAAAUCUCUAGGGUUGUAAAAGUCUCCAUCUUUGCCCCCUCCCCCCAUCAGCACUGGGUUGAGGUCUUCUGGGCCUUUCAGGCACUGCAGGGGUUUACUGCCCUCCCACCUGCUCUCUAGACCCUUGAAGCACACUGACAACCUCUUCUCGUGGCAGAGUAUUCAGGGUGAGUAGGCGGACUGAGACAGUGCUGGCCUUAGAGCUAUUGCCAAGCCCUGAGCUCCCUCCAUACCCACUGGUCUGCUCUGCCCACGAAGAGCAGAGGUGCCAGCUGCUGUGGUCUUACCCUGACCUCUCUUGCCAAGGGCAUGCCUCUGCUGGGCUGUUUCUUUCAGGCCUAGGCAUGUAAUCAUAUGGGAACAGUUAGACUGGACACAUUGGGGCAGUUUUAGCCAUUGUUUCUAGCUAGAGAGACUGGUUUCCUUCCUUCCAAAUCUAGUGUCGGGAUAUGGAAAAUUGUUGUGGUGUAGUAGGGUUUUUUUUUUUUUUUUCUUUUCUUUUGAGUUUGUUUCUCCCCCUUUGGUCUCCUGGCUUUUCUCUUUCCCAUCUUUCUGUCUGCCUGCAGCAUGUAUCCAAGGCCAGUGCUCAGGCCUGCAUACUGGGUAGACCUUCUCCUUGGGUGUGGGAGAUGGGGAAGGGGCUAUUACCAGUAGUAAGAGAAGAAAAGGAUAGUCUUUUUGCAAUUUCCACCUAUUCUGAUAUUUGAAGGCUGCAGGGUUUUGCUGAUCUAGAUUCAUUAGGAAUGUCUCCUUGCCAGCCAGGGCCAAGACCCAAGUCUUGUGAGAGCAGAAACCUACCCAGUCCCUAGACUGUCACCAUCCAGGGAACCUUGUCUUACAGAGGCUUAGGCAUGGGGCAGCCAUCAUCAUGAAGCCCUCUCAGGGGCCAGGACUUUUGCCAGCAUGGAUUCCUCAAGUUGGGACUGCAUAAGUAAAGCAGUUGCAGUUUAUUUUUUAUUUUUACAGCUUUUUUCCCCAAAAAAAUGAUUUGUAGUUGUAUGUGCAGCAUUUUGCCCUGAUAUGUGUGCUCUACAAUAAAAACCAAAUCUAAUAUAUUUUGAAACAGUUGUCUGAUGCUGUCAUAAGAGAGAGCUUACUCUUGGUUCUGCUAUAAUCCCUGUGUCUUCUCAUACUCUGGAUGGAAUUGGGUGGGGGAUGGUGGUGAGGGCAGAGCUUAUUGUAUGCCAGGGCCCCAGGGGAGACAACUAGUCACUGGCACAGGGUCUCCUGCAUGUCUAGCCCUGGACUGAAAGCCAGAUGUGCACUUUCCUUCUGCCUACUGCCUUUUCUCUUAUUCUAAGGAGGAUGAACUUCUUAAAACUACAUAUGUAGGCACCCAGUAUACUAUAGACCCAAAGAAGCCAGGGCCACAGCCUGCUGAGUUCUGGAAGCCCCUCUCCCUAGAGUGAUUAGAGCAGCUGUGUGAAAAAGAAGGGACAGCAUGAGCAAAGUCAGAAGGGAGCUUUACCUUUGUAGAAGAAAUGCAAAUGUUUUUACUCAUUACAUUCUUGAUUUUUUAAAGAGUUUAUUUAUUAGUGAGAGAGAAAGAACCAGAACGUCACAGUACAUGUGCUGCUGGGGAAUGAACUCAGGACUUAAUGCUUGAGAGUCGAAUGCUUUAUCCACUGCGCCACCCUCCCAGACCACAUUCUCGAUGUCUUACUAUGUAUUGGCCAAAUCCUCACUCUAGCUACAAUUGAAAGCAAAAGCUCUUGUUUUUUAAAAACCCCUGCUUUUAAGAUGUGUAUAGUAAGUUGUGGGAAACAGACAUAAGCAUAAGGGCAUACGGCAGAUGGGUUUGGGAUAAGCUUGAGUUGAGACCCAGAAGAUUUUAGUCCCUCCAGACCCUGGCAUACUCUGUAGUCUCUUUCAUUUGCCUCCUAUGACCAGAGCCACUUUGCUGUGGAACUCUGGCAGAUUACUUAACUGCCAUUUAAUAAAGAAUGGGUCCAGAGGGAGCACAUGAUAGAUCAUGGCUCAGUCCUGCAAAUCAGUAGUCAGUGAUAAGAUACGAGGAAGGGGGAACUAGAGGCUCUGUGUGGUCUGUGACCAACUAGGCCUGGAGAAGUAGUUACUGAGCUGCACAGAUACUGGCCUUGGGUAGAUACCCUGAGAGUAGAUUUUGGAGUUGAGAGGCAGAGUGACUUACCAAAGCUCAUUCAGACUGUCCGUGGGAUGGGGGCGAGUAGGGGUUUGGGAGGAAAGAUCUUGUCUAUAGUUUGACUGCUAGGAAGAGUGGGUUUUUCCUAGUUCCUGGGUGAAAGAGGCUCUUUGUUAACAGGAUUGAGGGGCUGGGAGACUAUAGGUGAUCCACCCCUCACAGGUCCCCUUAUACAGCAGCUGCAUGGCCCCUCACCUCUGAGUACUCUUAAUGAAAUUCAGGGGUCACACACCAGACUCUGAAUUCUUCUGAGGCACUGGCUAUUGGGGCCAAGUGUUGAGUUCCAUCAACAUAUGGCACCAAGCCUUGCCCACAUGGGAAACCCACUUCUCCAACUCUGUGUUCACUAAAAAAAAAAAAAAAAAAAAAGUAUCCUACAAGCCCAGCUCUGUGCUGAGGAUACAAACAGACCUGGUUCUUUUUUAAAA